AUUAAGUCUGUGGAGAAGAAACAGACAACAAAAGAAGAACAAAAUUCAAAGAAGAAGACAACGAUCUUCUUAUAUUUCUAAAAAUGGAGGUUCUUCUGAAAUUAUCCCCUUCAGAUUCUCUUCUUAAGGAUAAAGUUCUUGGAUCUGCUCAAAUCCUUGAAUCUAGUAAGGGUGAUGACGAUCAUCAAGAGCUUGAAUAUGCCAAGGCGGAGAUGAGCGAGGUAAAGGAAGAGAACGAGAAACUUAAAGGGAUGCUCGAACGAAUUGAAAGUGAUUACAAAUCUCUCAAGCUCAGAUUCUUUGACAUAGUUCAACAAGAAGCUUCCAACAACCAACCUCAAGAUCAAAACAUGGUUCGUCUUCAGAAGGCGACAACGGACUUGAGUUCUUGUGAUCAAGAACACGAGCUUGUGUCUCUUUCCCUCGGGAGAAGUGCUUCUCGGAGUGAUAACACCUCUAAAAAGGAAGAUAAAUCAGACGCGAUCAGCAAAGAAGUCAACGCUAACGAAGAGUUGACCAAGGCUGGCUUGACGUUAGGAUUCAGUAACGGGAGUUUAUCUAGCCAGGAAAAUAGCUCCGAAGAAGCUCCGGGAGAAACUUUGCCGCCAGGUAAAGUGACCAAGAAGAGAAGCUCUCCGGCACCUGACUCCGGUGGCGAUGUUGAAGGAGAGGCCGGUCAGCAAAAUCAUGUAAAGAGAGCUAGAGUUUGUGUUAGAGCGAGAUGUGACACACCAACGAUGAAUGAUGGUUGUCAAUGGAGAAAAUAUGGUCAAAAGAUUGCGAAAGGAAACCCAUGUCCACGAGCAUACUAUCGCUGCACCGUUGCACCUGGAUGUCCCGUUAGAAAACAGGUCCAAAGAUGUGCAGACGACAUGUCCAUACUAAUCACAACCUAUGAAGGAACACACAGCCAUCCUCUUCCACUCUCAGCCACCACCAUGGCCUCCACUACUUCAGCCGCCGCCUCCAUGCUCCUCUCCGGCUCCUCCUCCUCCUCAUCAGCUGCCGAAAUGAUCGGAAACAACCUCUAUGACAAUUCAAGAUUUAUCAACAACAACAACAAAUCCUUCUAUUCACCCACACUUCAUUCUCCAUUACACCCUACAGUCACUCUAGACCUCACUGCACCACAACACUCUUCCUCUUCUUCAUUGCCUUCUUUAAAUUUCAACAAAUUCUCCAACUCUUUCCAAAAAUUCCCAUCCACAAGCCUAAAUUUCUCUUUUAAUCCAUCAUCAUCAUCAUCAUCAACCACUCUCAACAUACCCGCGAUUUGGAGCAGUGGGUAUUCUUCUUAUACUCCAUAUCCUUACAACAAUGUACAAUUUGGAACGUCCAACCUAGGUAAAACAGUCCAAAAUAGCCAAUCCUUGACUGAAACCCUAACGAAAGCGCUUACUUCCGACCCAAGUUUCCAGACCGUGAUCGCUGCUGCGAUCUCAUCCAUGGUUGGAUCCAACGGGGAGAAACAGAUCGUGCAUCCUAUUAGCAACAAUGUUCAGCAAACUGCCGCGACGAAUAACAUCAAAGGAUGUGGAGGAUAUUUUAGCAGCUUAUUGAUGUCUAACAUAAUGGCAAAUAAUCAAACGGGUGCGUCUUCGGAUCAACCAUCGUCGCAACUUCAGUUAUCUAUGUUCAAGAACUCUUCUUCAUCAUCUUCCACGACUAGUUUCGUGAACAAGGAAGAGAAAAGCUAGUUAUUGUAUCAAAAGAAUCUCCUUUGUUAAUUUUUGGGGUGAUUUUUUCAUUAGGUGUUGUAGUAUUGCAUCAGAA